UGGGAACUCUGGCUACUCAUCUCCUGUGGACAAAAAAUCUCCUGCAUUCUACUGAAAUGAAACAUUAUUUCGUAGAAAAGAAGGAGGAGAAAGAAGAUAUUUAAAAAAUGUUGAACAAAUAGGGAAGAUUUUCUUUUUGAAACGCUCCUGUUAAUCUGUCUGUCACGGCUCGCGCAAACAGCAAGCUGACAAAAUCGAAUUGCACUUAAUGUUGAAAUUCAUUCAUUAAUUUGCUGUUCUUUAGAGCUUUUUUGAUAUGGAAAAGCUUGAAAUGGAAGAACGUCUUGCGUAUGGCUACCGGUGAAUACUUUUUUUAAAUUUUUAUGUCAGAACUUGAAAAUGGGAAAUAUGGGCAGACCAUGCAGAUUUUAUAUAGUAUAUUCCGUGACCAUUAACCACGUGUUUUCGUCUCUAUUAGUUGUACAGAUUAACUGAAUAAAAGAAAAUAAUUUAGUGAGAAAGAAAAUACACUGAAUCAGCCUACAGCUGGACCGUGUGGGGGGCACGCGACCGCAUCUCCCGGGAUGAUGCGUCUGUUAAACUGCCUCGUGCUCGGAUACUUAACAUGGAAUCUUCGGAUAUCUGACGCCCAGGGGGAGUACUGCCACGGCUGGCUAGACGGCAGUGGGAAUUACCACGACGGUUUUCAAUGUCCGGAGGACUUCGACACCAUGGACGCGACCGUAUGUUGCGGCACCUGCGCCCUGCGAUACUGUUGCGCUGCCGUGGACGCCCGGCUAGAUCAGGGCAGCUGUACUAACGACAGAGAACUAGAGAAUACCGAAUUUGCUGCACAGCCGGUCUAUGUGCCCUUCCUGAUGGUGGGCUCAAUCUUCGUGGCGUUUGUGGCCGUGGGCUCCCUGGUGGCGGUGUACUGCUGCACCUGCCUGCGGCCCAAGCUGCCCGCACAGCCUCCCAUCCGCUUCUCCCUGCGCAGCUUCCAGGGAGAGACCAUCCCCAUGAUCCUGACGGCCGCACCGCCCAGCCUGCGUUCCCCCUCCUGCCAGUCGAGCUCGGCCACCACCAGCUCUAGCUCGGUUGGCGGGGGCGGCUCGGUGCGACGCUUCUCCCUGGGCCGGGCCGACCUGGCGCAGGGGCCAGGACAGCAGCAGCAGGGCCUGGUGUCCACCUGCGCCACCUCCACUCCCUCCUCCCCUCAGCCUGCCCUGUCCCUGAGCCUGCCGCCCCCCUACGCCUCCCCCAUGGGUGCUCAAGGCAUGCUCUCCCACCCCCACGCCCCACUGCAGCUACACCAGCCCCUCCACCCCUCCCAAAACCCAGCCUUCCUCUUCCCCCAAACCCACUUCCCCUUUCCCGUGCAGGCCGAGCCCUUCUCUGGGGGGAACGGCUUUGCGGAUUUUGGCCAGAGCUGACUAGGGGGAAAGGCCGUUGCGGAUUUUGGGCUGGGUUGACCGGAGGUUCAUGGAGGGUAGUGGUUGUACAUUUCCUUCGGAUGGGGUUUUGGUGGUGCUUGCAGAAGAAAGUGUAACCAGGGGGUUGCUAAUGUUUUGACAUAUUGAGUUCAUGUUUUGACUUAUUGCACUUUUAUAAUGUACAGAAUGUCCUCUGGAGACAUGAUUCCCUGUCUGUGUACUAUAUAUUCUCCAGGCUUCUGUCUAAUGGCAUAUGUGUGUCAUUUCAAAAAAUGUUAAAGGAUUCUUAGAUCUCAGCACAAAACUGGUGAUAUACAGUAAACCCUGCCUUGCAUUCUAGGGUAACAUUCUGGACUUGAGAUACUGAUGAGGGAUUUUGUUGUAAAUCAAUCGGGGACAUACAAGGACAAUGUUGACAAUCUUGAGCCUGCACAGCAGGAGAUGGUUUUGAACUGAAUAAAUGAUUACUUUUUGUUCAGUACAGUAAUUUUUAAAGAAUGGACUACAUUGCAAGCCUUUGUUUGGCAUAGUUGUUGGGUGGGACAAUGCCUGUCAUCUUUCCAGAUGUUGGACAUUAUUAUGUCAAAAGUUUGAUACUAAAAUAUAAGGAUAAUGUUGUCAUGUUAAACCAUGUCCAUUUUAAGUGCCUUACUUGCCCA